GAUUGGGCAGAGAGCGUCGGCGCUUUUGAUUGGCUGAGCCCAGUACCAUCCCAGGGUGCUUUGCGGCGCCCGUUCUUUUCCGCUGGCCGUUCUCCUUCGGAGGAGGCCCGUAGGCGGCGGCCAUGGCGCCCAGCCGCAAUGGCAUGAUCCUGAAGCCCCACUUCCACAAGGACUGGCAGCGGCGCGUGGCCACGUGGUUCAACCAGCCGGCGCGGAAGAUCCGCAGACGCAAGGCCCGGCAGGCCAAGGCCCGCCGCAUCGCCCCGCGCCCCGCGUCCGGGCCCAUCCGGCCCAUCGUGCGCUGCCCCACGGUGAGGUACCACACCAGAGUGCGAGCCGGCAGGGGCUUCAGCCUGGAGGAGCUGCGGGUGGCCGGCAUCCACAAGAAGGUGGCCCGGACCAUCGGGAUCUCGGUGGACCCGAGGCGGCGGAACAAGUCCACGGAGUCCCUGCAGGCCAACGUGCAGCGGCUGAAGGAGUACCGCUCCAAGCUCAUCCUCUUCCCCAGGAAGCCGUCGGCGCCCAAGAAGGGCGACAGCUCUGCGGAAGAACUCAAGUUGGCUACCCAGCUGACGGGACCAGUCAUGCCCAUACGGAACGUCUACAAGAAGGAGAAAGCCAGAGUCCUCACAGAGGAGGAGAAGAGCUUCAAGGCCUUCGCCAGUCUUCGCAUGGCCCGUGCCAAUGCCCGGCUGUUUGGCAUCCGGGCCAAAAGGGCCAAGGAAGCUGCAGAGCAGGACGUUGAAAAGAAAAAAUAAAGUGCAGUUAACAACUCGUGA